UGCUGCAGCAGCAUUAGUUUAACGUGAAUUUGCUGUCAGAUACAUUUCUCUCACAAGUUCAGUGAGUUAUUGCAUUUAAAACAAUCAGUCCGCUAUGGCAGCUCUUAAAUACGCAGGUAUGGAUGAUACAGACAGUGAAGAUGAGCUUCCGCCCGGCUGGGAGGAGAGAUCCACUAAAGACGGAUGGGUUUAUUAUGCCAACCAUGAGGAAAUGAAGACUCAAUGGGAACAUCCCAAAACUGGGAAGAAGAAACGCUGUGCUGGAGCUCUGCCAUAUGGAUGGGAGCAGGAAACAGAUGACAAGGGCCAAAUCUACUAUGUUGAUCACAUCAACAAACGCAUGACGUAUUUUGACCCUCGGCAGGCGUUUACUAUAGAAGACAUGCAGCUGAAACCCAAACGUUACGAUGGCAACACUACCGCUCUAGAGAUACUGCAGGGUCGUGACCUCUCAGACAUGGUCAUAGUCAUCACGGGAGCCAACUCUGGGAUUGGUUUUGAGACUGCCCGAUCGUUUGCUCUUCACGGCGCUCAUGUGAUCUUAGCCUGCCGUAACAAAAGUCGUGCCAGUAAAGCAGCGAGUCUGAUCAUGGAAGAGUGGCGCAAAGCUCGAGUUAAAGCCAUGACCCUGGAUUUGGCCUCCUUGAGGAGCGUCCGAGAGUUCGCAGAGGCCUUCAAAGCCAGAAAACUACUGUUGCACAUUCUGGUGUGUAAUGCAGCGGUCUGCACACAGCCUUGGAUGCUGACAGAGGACGGCCUGGAAUCCACAUUUCAGAUCUGUCAUCUGGGUCACUUUCACCUGGUUCAGCUGCUGCAGGACGUCAUGCGGCUCUCCGCUCCGGCUCGAGUCGUGGUGGUCUCGUCAGAGUCUCACAGGUUCACAAAUCUGUUGGACUCAUGUGAGAAGGUGGAUCUGAAUCUUCUCUCACCUCCACAGAAGGAGUACUGGUCCAUGCUGGCCUACAACCGUGCCAAACUGUGCAACAUCCUCUUCUCCAACGAGCUGCACCGCCGCAUGUCACCCCAUGGCAUCACCUGUAACGCAGUACAUCCGGGAAAUAUGAUGUACACCUCGAUCCACCGCAGCUGGUGGCUCAUGACCCUGCUCUUUACCUUUGCACGACCCUUCACCAAAUCCAUGCAACAGGGAGCAGCAACUACUGUCUACUGUGCUGUGGCUCCAGAGUUGGAGGGUCUCGGAGGGAUGUACUUUAACAACUGUUUCCGCUGCCUGCCGUCUCUGCAAGCCCAGGACCCAACAGUCGCCCUCAGCCUUUGGGAACUUAGCGAGCAGCUCAUUCAGGCGAGAUCAAACCCACCUAAGGUGCUCUGAUCCCUCCAGCAUAGUCUCACAGCCCCCAUAGGGUUGUUUACAUGACCAUCACCGCUAUGUAUGGAUGCAAGAUGCAGGCAUGGGAUAAUCAUUGUUUAAAGGGGUAAAAAUUAUGAGAAAAUGCAAUUUUAAACUGUACAAGGACGUUGGCAAUCAAAGGUGGAAGUUAUCUGGGAAUCUGGGCAUGGAGUUCUACAGCAGAAAAAGAGAUGUGGGGAGACAGCGAGAGACUCAAUUCAGUUGUGUCUCUCUCAAAGGCGUAAUCACUCAAUCCUGCAUUAGGGUUUUAACUAGGUCUAGAUCACUCUAUAAAUGUCUCAUUAACAAGCACUAAUGUUUGAGUUGUCUAUAAAGGGGGCACUAUAUUUACUGAUAUGGUUUCAAUUAAGUUAACCUUUACAAGUGGAGGUUUACCGCAUACAAAUGCUCAUCUGUUUGAAGACCAGUUUCAACCCAUACAUCUGUACAAACACAAAUGUAGAGUAAAUGUUUUAAGGGGCGCAAUCUACAAAGACAUAAUUCGGGAAAUGUACAAUUUGUGAACUGUUUACAAACAUGGCAUCUUCACAUUUCUAAGAAUACGCUUGUAUUAAUAUCCUGUACAUAAUAUAUACACAAGAUGCUUUUCUGGAAGAAUUUGAAUGCUGCUGUUGUUUGAAAACCCAUCUGCCUAGACCCUUCAAACUUUUAUAAAAAGCUGGGCUAAUGUGAAGUACAAUAACAGCAUCUGAUACAAGAACCAAAGGGCCAUCAGUGGCAAAGAAUGAGAAAGAGUCUUUGAAUUCUGGAAAUAUCUGGUGGUUGUUCCUUUUUGAAUUCCUUUUAUUGUCCAUUUUGUGUCAUCAGACAUGCAGGGAUGUUUCAAGGCUUUGCUAAUUUUUCAUUGUUGGUGUGAUAUCUGUAAAUCAGGUUGUAGUCGGUAAUUUUGGGUAAGGCUGAAGAAUGGCACUCAGGUUGAUAAAGGUUUUUUUUUUUUAUGUAGGGUUUCUCCUCCAUCCUCUUUCUCCUCCUCACUGUCUUCAUCAGGGGUUGAUUUUAAAGAGGUUGUGCUUUGUGGCAGUCUUGGAGCCGUGGGUCACUCUAAGCCAGAAGCAUUCCAGUGUUGCACUGUCUGUAAAAAUAGAAAGAAAGAGAAGGAUGCUUAUUAAAACAUAAACUGAUUCUU